CACCAUGAUUUCGUCUAUGCUGAUGUUCCUCUUCCAUGACUGAAAGCAUCUGGGUAUCUUCACUCCUCCCUUCAUCGCCAUGACUUCCUUUCCUCCUUUGUCUUCAUCUUCGUCUUCUCUGACAACACUGCCUCAGUGUGGCCAAUAACACUCGUACAAAGCUCGCGUAAAGUCAUGCAGCCACACCUCACUCUCGAUACUGGCCAGGGCACUUCUGCCCCAGGUCCUUCUGCCACGGCCUCGACUGGAUCUAACAGCCCAUCACACGCACACCGGCGGUCUACUCCUCAUUUCCACGUCCCUGCACGAGGCUUUGCCAGGCGAGCGGUGCCCACCACUCCCACCAAGUCCGUCUCUUUCCAUACAGGCGAUGGAUCACCUCUCCAAACCGGCGGCUCCUCCCCCUCUUCCUUUCAGAGACGACGUCCUGUCCGCAGGUCAAACACUGCAGACAGCACCGCGAGCUCGCUGCGAGAUCCCUCCGAUGAUGAGGACGACGACGACACCACAGACUCGGAUGGGCUGAGCGUUAUGUCGACCUGGACGGAGGACACGAGCGAUGCAGAUACGCUUGCCUCUUCCGAUGGAGAUGGCAGAGUGAAGAGUGGUCGCUAUCGCCCUAAGCACAUGCCGUAUCAUGUGUUCCGUAAAGUCAGGAAGCGGGGGAAACGGGCGAGAGGUGGAGCGGAUGAUGAGGAUGACGGAGGGAAGGGUGGCGAAGAGGGCGCUCAAUCCCAAGAUGGUCGGGUGAGAGACGUCACAAUCUACCGCCGCAUGCCUCUACUAUCAGGCGCCCUUGCGCCAUUCUCGAUCAUGCUGGAGGUCCCGGGUAUCUGCACCAAGUGGUACGUCCGGAUCAACCCAGUUGGAGAGAAUGUAGACUACAGGGACAACCCACCCAUCCUCUACAUCGGGCUAGCCUUCUCGAUGGCUGCAGCCGUCCUCGCCAACAUCUUCCUCAUCUUCCGGUUCACCAAGCUCAUUGGGCCGCGCAAAGGUACAAUGGCGUCGGCAAUUUGCUUCAUCAUCCAUGAUCUCAUCAACACCGCUGCUCUCAUAGCCUUUGGAGUAAUCCAUGCAGUCAACGAUGGGUCCACCUACUCGCAGGCCUACUGGAUGACCGUCGCCUCAACUACGACCUCUGUCCUCUGCACUAUCACUCUCCUCGUCGACUUUCUCCGCACCAAGGACUUCAAGAAUGCCGGCUCUGGUCUGACGCCCAAGCAGACUCACCUGGUCAUCGUCGUCAUGGUCCUCCUGGUGUACAUGUCCAUCGGCUCCUUGAUCUGGUCCAUCCUCCUCUCUCUGCCCUUCAUGACCGCUCUAUACUUCACAGUCGUCCUCUUGCUAGCUGUCGGAUUUGGCGACGUACUACCGACCACCGUCAGAUCCAAGAUCUUCCUCUUCUUCUAUACCCCCAUCGGGAUCGCCCUCUUUGCCAUGACUGUCUACAGUGCGGGCCGGACGAUCAUGGAGGAAUUCGACAACAGCUACAGGAAGAAGAGGAAAGAAUUUCGCCAGAAGCUCAAGGCGAGGAGAAAGGGAAUCAAGGAGUUUAGGAAGGAAAGGAGAGAGGCAAAGAAGUUGUUGGCGCAGACGACGACUCGUGCUGCUGGGAGGGGAUCGCGAGUGCGGAGACUGUCUGGCACUCGGAUGAAUGGCAGCGCAAGUCAGCCUGCGCCGGAUGGCAGUCCACAGACCGAUAGUCCUACUUCUGGAAAAGAUGAGUCACCACCUGCGAGCCAGUCAGAGUGGAAAGGUACCAAUGGAAACGGUGUCAAUGGACAACCAUCUCCUGGUAAUGGACUACCCACCGAGGGCGAUAAGACCGUCUCAUUGGCUCCUGCUGCUUCGCUAACAGACGGACAGUCGUCGCAAGCUGAUUCAUCGAGCUCGCCUCUUACCACCCUCGACUCCAAGACCCAAGACGAUCCUACUGCAGGCAUUCAGGCUCUCGAAGCCUCCCUAGCUGCGCAGCGCGCCAACCUCGAACAAUCCUGGUCCACCUACCAGACAGACCUAGCCCGACGCGAGUCCAGCGAAUUCUACUCCAAGCUAACCGUCUCCCUCCUCCUCUUCAUCGCCUUUUGGCUCCUCGGCGCAUUAGUCUUCCACUUUACCGAAGGCUGGAGCUUCUUUACCGCCUUUUAUUUCUGCUUUGUCCUCUUUACAACAAUUGGCUUUGGAGAUUAUACGCCCAAGAGUGGUGGAGGAAGAGCCUUCUUCAUCAUUUGGAGCUUGAUGGGAGUUGCGGUACUUACUAUUUUGAUCAGUGUAUUUACGGAUAGUUGGGGAACUUUGGUCAGUAGUAGAAUUGAUGAAACAAAGAGGAGAUUUAAGAGGAGGGGGAGAAAGUGGAGAGAGGGUUUGAGGGGAAAGUGGCCCGGGAAGAGAGGAGAGAAGGAGAGACGUCGGCGGGAGAAAGAGGAAAAGGAGAAGCACGAAGAAGAUGCAGAGGCUUCCUUUGCAGUGGCACGAUUCACAUCGAGGGACCUCCCCAUAGGGCCUUCACAAGAUUCUACAGGUGGCAUCCUAAACAACCCACUCCGCUCCUCCUCCCCAACCAACAUGGACGCCGAGUCCCCAGCCCACCUACACCUGCAAUCGCAGCACACCAACCUCCUAACUCGUCAAACAGCCCUGCACGAUCUACCUCUGGAGGUAGCUCGCUCCGCCCUCGCGCUGCAAGAGGCCUCUGGGCAUCUCCUCAACUUACGGCGGCCAGAUGUUAAUGCCGCCCUUGCUGAGCAUGCAGAGCUCAAAGGACUGCUGCCGCGGUAUCUUGGAGGAGAGAGGACGGGACCGGAGUGGGCGGCGAUGCAGGAGGAACAUGGUCAGCAUAUUCCCAAUGCCCAGGCAGAUGGAGAGGGAGAGGGAGAGAAAGCAGGAGCCGCUGCAGGAGCAGCUGCUACCCCCCUCUCUCCCACUGCCCCUAGCCCCAAUCCAACUCAUGGAACACUCCUUGCUCGUCUACAAACACUUCAGACUACAAGUCCACAUCGACCCAUCCUCUCGGAACUCCUUGCCCAUCUCUCCCUUGAGAGGGCAGCGAGGACUUUUGUGACACAGGCAGAAGAGAUGCGGGCCCGGGCUGAAGAGAAGGAGGUAGAAUUGUGGGAGUUGAGGAGGAGGGUUAGAGUGCUGGAAGAGGAGAAGGAGACGCAGAUGUCGAUGGCGAGCAAGGGGGAGAAGAACGAGGUUGCGCAAUCACAGUCGGUCGAGGUUUGAGUGUUGUUGUACAGUAUGUGCACCCCACAUGUACUUGUUUUGUCUUUUCGUUACCCAGUAUAUACAUACAACACAUAAUUCUUUCCUAAUCGUUGUUCCUCUUGACCGCUCCUCCCCGGAAUCCCCUUCCACUUCUUCCUCACGUAAAUGAAGUAAAGUCCUUCGCAUCCACCGUAGUCCCAUCGUCCUCCAUCACUCCUUCCUCCUCCAACUUCUUCCUCCUCUUGACCUCCCACUGAUUCUUAUACCUCACUACAUGAUUAAGUCGAUUGCACCA